AUGGGACAGGAACCGGAGAUAGUAGAGGCACACGAGGAGGAGAGACCAACAGACAGCCAUCACCUGGCAGACAUGGCUGCCAAGGAGAAGCCGAUCGAGGAGAAGGGGCACGCCGAGCUUGACCAUGAUCAUGUUGAAGUGAAGAACUUGGGAUGGAAUAACCCACCUAGCAAGGUUGCGCAGCCCAUGGUUGGUGGUUUGAGCAACGAGGAUCUCUGGAUAUUGGUUCGACGAUUUGACAAGCAAAUCUUUCACGUCAAGUCGAUCCCCGAGCCACCGCUUGCAAACCUGGAUAUGAACAUCGCCGAUGAGGAGGAGUUCUCGCCUGAUAAACUGCGCGCCCAUGUCGAGCGCUUGUACAUGACUGUUGUUGUUGGCUUAUUUUCCUUCUGGAAACACAUUGUCCGUCUUCGUUCAUGGCGCGAAUACAAGCGCACCUCACUCUUCCUCGCAGUCUACUCCAUCGCAUGGAUUUUCGAUUACGUCGUCCCUGUCUUCGCCAGCUUCCUCAUCGUCCUCAUCCUCGUCCCGCAAUCGCGAGACUUUUGUUUCCCUCCCGCCCCCGCCUCCCUCAUCGACAGUAAAACUGGCGGUGUCAAGAAGCCCGCAUCCGGCGUCCUCGCGUCCGAUGACUCGAUUACCGGCGCACCCGAGAAGCAUGCUGGAGAGGCAGUGGAACAGGAGGCGUCGAGCUUCGUGAACAGCAUCUCAUCGCUGAUCAUCAGCACGGCGGCGGGAAAACAUCCUCAAGGCGAUCCCCACGACGAUUCUUCUGUCCCCGACCCUACUAACAUUACCCAAGAUGUUGUCAAUGCCAAGGAUAAGACGGACGGCAAGGAACCCACUUCCCACCACGACAAGACCAAGAAGCCUGUUCACGAGUCCGUCUGGGUCAAGGCUAGGCCUGUGAUGCAUGGCAUCGCCGACUUCGUCGAUACCUGGGAGCGUUUCGGAAACGCUCUGAGCCCAACUCCACCAUUCCCCCAGCAGAGACCUCGUCUUGUCCUUGCCAGCGUUAUCUUGCCACUAUUACUCGUCUCUUUGUUUACAACCUCGUACAUGCUGGUCAAGGGCACCGGGUUUGUGGUUGGAUUCACCAUUUUUGGAGACCCCAUCAUCCAAAGAGGCCUGGUGUUUAUCAACCGAACCUACCCUCAAUGGCAGAAGUAUGUUGAAUUGCGAAACACCAUUCUCAAGGGCAUUCCCACCAAUGCCCAAGUCACCAUCACGCUCCUGCGCAUUGGCGAGCGAAACAAGGCCCCGCUCCCACCUCCGCCAAAGUCCGAUAUAGACGAAGCCAUUCAGCCUGACGAAGCAGCACUGGCGCCAGCUGAAUCGGAAACAGCAGAGCACAAGCAGAAGAAGGGCCAUCGUAUCAUGAACUUUAUCAAGAGCUCUGCCAAGGGCGGCAUAAACACCACUCUCGCCGCAGACAAGGUCAAGGCCAAAGUUGGCGCUAAACACGCAAAGGACAGGUUGGGCGUCGUCAAGAAGACGCCCGACCCCGAGAAGGGUCCCGUCCGCUUCCCGGCACGCUGGAAGGGUAAGAGGGGCCACGCAUAUAUCACGACUACGGCUACGACCCCCGCGCUCAGUUGGACCACGGAGUCGGAUGAUCUGAGUCCGACAUGGACUGUCACUAUUGGCGAUAUUGAGCAAAUUCGCAAAGUUGGCGGUCUUGGCUGGAAGUCCAAGAUCUUUGUCGGCUGGGCUACUGAUCGUGAGAUUGCAGACGGCCUGAUCGUGACGGACAGCAUGGGCAAGGAGUACCAUCUCACUGCCAUCAUUUCGAGAGAUGAACUCUUCAACCGUCUCGUGGCCUUGGGGUCACAGAUGUGGGCAGCAUGGUAA